UGUCCUUUUUUACCAAAUAAUUUUGUCAGAUAAAUACCUUAACCUUAAAUAUACCUUAAAUACCUUAAAAAUAUAAACUAUUUUCCUCAUAUUUUGAUGUCUUAAUUGAACUUGUAGGUGACAAAAUAGGUGGCUUGUCCAUAAACAGUGGCCAAUACUUGUGAAUAGAUUUAGCAGUUUUACCAACACAAUGACAACAACAUGUGACAGUAAAAUAAUGCACUAAACAUCAUAAUAUGUAACAUAAAACACAAUAAAUGUACAUAGCUGCUAAAAUGAUAAAUAUGUACAAUUUACCAUAAUUUUUCAUUCACAAAGAAACAAUAUUUUAUGCAAUGUAUAACCCUUAUAGUAAAAUUACAUGCAAUUUCCUGUUAAACUACUUUAUGUUUAUAAGUGAAAGUAUAGUUAACUAAUAAAGUUUUACUGUAGCAUUUCCCCCUAUAAAACAUGCACAUUUUGCACUGCAAGAGUGAGAUCUCAGCUUAUCAAUCCGCAAUGCAAAAGUUUUAUUUUUACCAACCUGAUUUAACACGUUAAAGAAAACCAAUGAUACGGAUCAAGAACUGCAGUGCAGUUAUUGAUAAGGUCAAUUUACUGUAUGCAUUAUUUAGAAGAGGUAAUCCGUUGCCUCACUAAUGUGGAUUUUCAGAUCCACAAAGUUUCCAUUAGAUGCAUCCAAUAACCUUUCCGCGUCCCAGCUCUUUCCCCCGCGGUGAUCCCGUUUUGACACCGAGACAAAAACAAAAAAGCAGUAUGAAUGGUGAAGGAGCGAGCAGGCAGGGAGAAAGCAAGAGGAGGCGGUUAGUCUUUGUAGUCGGUGAGGAAUGCGGAAACGCUCCUGCUCUGUGUCAAACUGCUCUGAAGGGGGUCAAGGCACAUUCAGCCAGCGUGGGAAAGCGAGGAGGAGACCGAGCACACACACGCGCUGCAUAUUCCUGCAUAGAUGGGAAAAACAUAAAGGGGGAAGGACGGCCACAGCAGAUCGAUGAAAAUCAGUCACUUUUUUGUAUACACUCUGCUUUCUUGAGGGACUGAUCAGACGUUCUUUCACUUGAUCUGCUGUUGCAGUGGUGUGGUACUGCUGGGAGAUGGGGCUUAGCGCGUGCACCAUCCGACUACCUGUGUGGCCCGUUGCGAGGACACUGCACGAGCUGUGAUGCGUGUGGAGACGCUGGGAAAGUUACUGAAGUUUAUGAAUGACGCGACUCUCCGGGCGGAAUAUAGGCUAACAAACGGGGCAGUGCACGUGCCAGCGCCGCUCUCCCAAUAAUGCCUUUGUGAAAUAUCCGCGCGCUCGUCACGUUUCGGGAUUCCCCGCAGUACCUCGCCGUGUGAGAAAAAAAAAUGGACAAAGAGAGCUUAACCCAACAAUAUGAGCCGGUGGCUGAGAUCGGCGAAGGUGCAUACGGAAAGGUGUACAAAGCACGGGAUUUGAAGAACGGGGGCCGCUUUGUAGCCCUGAAAAGAGUUCGGGUGCAGACCGAGGAAGAGGGAAUGCCGCUGUCAACUAUCCGCGAGGUGGCGGUGCUGAGGCAGCUGGAGUCCUUUGAGCAUCCCAAUGUGGUCAGGUUGUUUGACGUAUGCACAGUUUCCAGGACUGACCGGGAAACCAAACUAACUUUGGUCUUUGAACAUGUGGACCAAGAUUUAACCACAUAUCUGGAGAAAGCACCUGAUCCAGGAGUGCCACCUGAAACCAUAAAGGAUAUGAUGUACCAGCUGCUGCAGGGUCUGGAUUUCCUCCACUCUCACCGUGUGGUUCAUCGAGAUCUUAAGCCUCAAAACAUUCUAGUCACCAGUGGAGGACAGAUCAAGCUGGCUGAUUUUGGUCUGGCGCGGAUCUACAGCUUUCAGAUGGCUCUUACUUCUGUGGUUGUAACGUUAUGGUAUCGAGCUCCCGAGGUGCUGCUUCAGUCCAGCUAUGCUACUCCUGUGGAUCUGUGGAGUGUCGGCUGCAUCUUUGCUGAGAUGUUCAGACGCCGCCCUCUUUUCCGUGGGAACUCUGAUGUUGACCAGUUAGGCAAGAUUUUUGAUGUGGUCGGGGUCCCUUCUCCAGAGGACUGGCCACAGGAAGUGGGUUUGCCCCAGAGUGCCUUUUCCCCUCGCCCUCCCCAGCCCAUAGAGGACCUGGUGCCUGACAUGGAUGAGCUGGGCAAAUCACUUUUACUUCGUUUCCUGUCAUUUAACCCCUCCAGAAGGAUAUCAGCUUAUGAUGCACUGUCUCACCCAUACUUCCAGAGUCUUGACAGCACCAGCAAGAGUCUGUACGCCCAACCCUUCCCCAGCAAAAAGCCCUCCCUGGAGGAGAGAGCUGCUUGAAAGACAUGAUUUCCCACUGUAGACACAGACCCCCAUCCGGUCCCCCCUCCUUUGAACUAGUCUUCCAUAGCAUAACGUCACAUGCUGCUUUUAGAAAUAUCACCGCAACUAUUGGUCGAUCGUAUUUUUUCUUUGCCCUCACUACUGCCAGCUAAUAAAGACCAACAUGCUGCCUGGAUUUACAUUUUUUUACAAUAUCAAAAGCUGCUCUCGUCUCUCCACCCGCCUUCCUCAAAGGAAGUUUGUCUGCUCAGAGGAAAAUGUGCAUCACGACACUGCCAGGGAUCGUCCGUCUGUUUCCAUGAAUGCAAUGCACAGUACAUGUACAGGUCUAAACUGAGUCUUAGCUGCAUAUCACUGCCAUGAACCAGCAAGGUCUUACGUGGGACCUUGUCAGUCUCACUCGGAUUGAGCACAUGUAGAACCACAACUACUGCAAAUUCGGGCCCGUUGAACGGAACCUCUUAUUUUACACCUUAAGAUAUAAUCGCUAAUUCACUUCACUUUUUUUUUUUUUUUUUUGAGCUCACUUUCGAAGUCCUCUCGUCACAGGCCAGGAGGAUUUUUGUAUUGUUUUCUGCCAUGUUGUUACUCUGCAGUACAAGCAGGAGAGUGUGGACACAUCUCCACGUGUGACUUUUUCUCAUGACUGCAUAACCACGGACACACAGAAUCAUUUAGUGCUCUAUUUAAUAUGGCAUUUUGUCACAAGCAUCCUGUGUUCUCGUCCAGGACUGAUGCUUUGAAGCACUAUUUAACACCACAUUUCCUUAACAUUAUAAUGUAUUUCAACAUGUAUUUUUUUUUUCUCCAUAUAAAUUCCACAUCCUGUUCACUUAUUUUAUUAUGUCAGUGUUGAUUGUUGACAUUAUUUUUUUUUUGGCAUGUUAUGUCUUAAUUUUAGUGAACUUGAAGGUGUAGGUUGUUAUAGAAGACUCGUUGAUGUGUACCAAACAGUCUGCACCCUGUCGUCAGGGAUUUAGACAUAGUCGAAGGAUGACCCGCGCCGGGUUGCAUGUUGACUUUAGGGUUGGUUUAGAGAUGGGUAACAGAAAUACAUGUAUGAAAGAGUUAGCGCGUAGUCAUGAAAGUCUAGUUAAUGUAGUUAUAGAGUUGGCGAGUGUUAUGUUCGAAGUCAGGUUGCGAGAUUCGUUCGAGGCUCGGAGAGUGAUGUGUUAUCCCAUAAUUGAUCAAUUAAAGGGUUAGUUUACUUCAGAAUUAAAAUUUUCUGAUAGUUUACUCACCCUCAUGUCAUCCAAGAUGUUUAUGUCUUUCUUUCUUAAGAUGAAAAGAAAUUAGGGUAAAACACAUGGAUUUUUCUCUAUAUAGUGGACUUCAACAGGGACCAAUGGGUUGAAAGUUCAAAUUGCAGUUUCAAUACAGCUUUAAAGAGCUCUACAUGAUCCCAGCCGAGGAAUAAUGGGCUUAUCUAGUGAAACGAUUAGUCAUUUUUUAAAAAAAAAAUAAAAAUGUAUAUACUUUUUAACCACAAAUGCUCGUCUUGCACUGCUCUGCGAUGUGCCACGCAUUACGUAAUCAUGUUGGAAAGGUCACGUGUGACGUAGGCUUCAAAAUCUUCCAACAUCGUUUCUUUUACUUUUUUUUUUUUUUUUGGAAAAGGCCAUUUGACUUAUUCUUUGUACAUUCGCUUUGUAGACACUGGAUCGGUACUUCCGCCUAUGUCACGACUCACGCGUGACCUUUCCAAUGAGAUUACAUAAUGCGUGGCACAUUUGUGGUUAAAAACUAUAUCAUUUUUUUUUUAAAUGACUGAUUGUUUCGCUAGACAAGACCUUUAUUCCUCGUCUGGGAUAAUGUAGAGCUCUUUGAAGCUGCAUUGAAACUGCAGUUUGGACCUUCAACCCGUUGGUAACCAUUGAAGUCAACAAUACGGAGAAAAAUCCUGGAAUGUUUUCCUCAAAAACCUUAAUUUCUUUUCGACUGAAGAAAGAAAGACAUAAACAUCUUGAAUGACAUGGGGGUGAAUAAAUUAUGAGGAAAUUUGAAUUCUGAAGUGAACUAAACCUUUAAGUCCAGGUCCUUUUUAUAUACACGCAAUGCUACAUCCUUCCAUUUCCCAUUUCACUUAAUUGUCCGGAUAGAUCAUCACAAAACAUGUACCAAGCCGCAGUGCCUUUGUGUUUAGCAUGUGAUGAAAAAGUGGAGGGAAGGAAGGAGGGACGCUGCUUCAGGAUUUAGCGUAUAGCCUGGUGAAUCCAGGUGAAGCUGUUUGAUGAGGGAUGAGGAGCUAUAGGCAGGCACUGUAGUACUACAAAACAUUCACACAGUUAAAGUGAUAGUUCACCCCUCACAUCAUGUACUCACCCUCAUGCUGUAUCAAACCUUUUUUAUGAAACACAAAAGAAGAUAUUCUGAAGAAUGUUGCUAACCAAACAGGUUUCUUCUGACUUCCAUAUAUGGACAAGACAAACACUGAGACAUGAAUAUCUUUUUUUGUGUGUGUUCAGUGGAAGAAAGUAAAUCAUGCAGGUUUGGAACGACAUGAGGGUGAGUAAAUAAUGCCAGAAUGAUCUUUUUGGGUGGACUAUCCCUUUAAGCACUGAUGCUUGAUUCAUUCUCUCAGGAUCAGUAUACUCAUUCUGUCACAUUCCAUGCUCAGGUCUAUUUAUGACUAGUUUUAGAUUCAACAAGGGUUCAGGUUUUAGCUUAACCAGUAAUACUUAUGGUCUCAGCUAUCUGGAUACAAUAGUGUUGGGUUAUUUAUACAAUUCACUUAAAUUUCCAUUAAUGGAAAAGAUAAUGAAACAUACAGGUGGUCAUUUCAGCAUUUAUUUUUUAUUUAUAUAAUAUUAUUAUUAAUAUUAAUAUUAUAUUUUAUGUAUUAGAUCACUGUUGUGUGGUGACUUUUGUACUGUCAACAUUUUCUGAUUCUGUGAUCAGUUCACUGCAUCAGUCUAAUAAAUCAUUUCAAUUGAUCAUUGGUGAAUAACACCACCAUUUUUCAAAUCUUCACUGUACUGAUGUUACGCUGGCACAGCUUUACCCUCCUCCAAAUAAGUCUGUGAUUGGAUUUGGUGAUCCAGAGGGCAUUAGAUAUCAAACAAUGUAACUGUAUGCCUUAAUGUUUGUGGGUCUUGUAUAGAACUAAUCUGAUUUGUUUGUUUUUUUAGCUUUAGCUUGGUUGGCCUGGUGAAUAAUUCAUAGUGUUUUAACAUUAUAAAUGUAUUAAAUGUUAGGCUUUCGAAUGUACGACCCGUUCUUGUUAGUGAUGGAAUUUGAAUUUUGGCAUGAUGUGAUGCUGAAAAAAAAAAUAGCACCUUUGAUAUUUACCCAUCUCAGUGCUUUUCCCCAUGAAAUUUUUUUUUUUUUUUUUUUUUUUUUUUUUUUUAGUAAAUCUGUUGUAGAUCGUUUAACUUUGUUUUAAAGAAAAUGUCUUUUGUUGUUUGAAAUGAUAUUCUUUAGUUAGGAAUUUUUAUAAUCAAUUUGGUUUGUGUAAUCGGAUAUCAUUUUAAGCAAAUUCCUUUUGAAACGGCUUGAAAUUGCUGGACAUUGGUACAUAAUGUUUUGCUCCCUAUACAUUUUGUUCUUAUUUAUUGACAUUUCGUCUUUUUUAGUUGACCGUAAUGCUCGAAAAGGCAUUCUGUCAAUUGUAAUAUUCAAAUUUGUAUCUGAUUGGACAGUGAUGAACUAAUGGUGCUGCACCUCGUGUCACUGCUGACUUGAACAACUGUAAUCAAUUAGGCAAACUUGUUCUCAAAAGAAGAGCAACAAUAAAAGUGUCUUUUUAAAUAUUCUAUUAUUUUAUUUUGGUUGCUUUUUAUUGUAUUUUAUUUGUAUUAUAUUUUACCAUUUUUACAUGAUUUCAUUUGUGCUAUGUUUUCCCAUUCUGAUUUAAAUAAUUUAUAAUGUAUCCCAGACAGAGAAAAAUCAUUAAGCUGGAAAAUUCUAUACACAAUAAUCUAAUAUGCUAAAUCAUCAACAAUGAAUACAUAUUCUAAUCAAUGUGCACAAUGUUUUCAUUCAUUUUAGCUGCUGCACAGACACUGUGUAUGAAAAUUAUUACCAUUAUAUUACGACUUUUCAAUGUUCUUUUUUUAUCAGCAGCUUAAUUAUUAUACUUUAUUAAUGGAUAAUCAAGUGUUAUAUCACUUUAGACUGCAUCACAUGUAUUUGGUUCAUUCUACUUCUUUUUUUGAGUAAUUAGGUAAACUGUGUGGAAUGAUUUCUGAUGUAUCUCCAUUUUAUAAUCAUAAUAUGUAUAUCUUAUAAUUUCUCAUAAUAUGUUGCUCUUUGUUUUAUGGAUUUAUGUAAUCGUUUUAAAAGUAAUUAUUUUAACUGUGCACAUUGAUUAGAAGUGGGAAGUUUUGGUCAGGGUUUUAUUUGUAAUUUUUUACAUUGGCUGGAGAGUGAUGUUUUUUUUUUUUUUUGUAAGCACCCAAUCUGUGGUGUAAAUGAUUAAUUUUAGCGGUUUAUGUUGUCAGGUUCGUUUUUUUAAAGUGGGGAUGGAAAAAUGUGUACAUGGAAAUACUUUUUUUCUUUAUCAACGCUUUGAUUUGAAAGUCUUGUUCAACUGUAUGUAAUUCUACUGCUAAAUCAUUCUGCAUUCUUCUGCUUUUAGCAUCUAUAUAUAUAUAUAUUUGUUUGUUUUGAGCGAUGAAACCGCAUGUGGACGUACUGUAGAUCACAUGACAUAUCUUUAAUUUUGUUUUAAAAAAAAAAAAAAAGUCUUGUCUGGUUCUUCUAGUCAUGAUUAGUAAUGAUGGUUAAUCAUACAAUAAGUAGAAUGUAUCUCCUUUUAUUAUGAAAUACUGAAAUUCAGUUUAAAAUGAAUCUCUCUUAAGCUAUGUUCCUCUGUUAAAACAGCACAUUCUUAAGUUUUAAAGCAAAUGUUUUGUUGCUAAAUUCAUAAAUUGAGCUACUCUUGUCUGUAAAGUGCAAAGAAUUGUACGAUUUUGCAAGAACCAAAUUGAAGAGAGAGUUGGUCAUUGUGCCCUUACAUAUUAGUGUGUUUUUGUUUGAAAAAGGGUGAAUGAGAUAUGGUAGUAUUUUGUAUCUUUGUUUUUUCUGGACUGGUUUUGCUGCUAAUGUUUGUCUUAGGCUCUGGCUCUUGUAUGAGUUUUAUUAAACUGGCCCACCUAAAGAUUCCAAUUUGCUGCCAUUGAGAAAAAAAGCUGCUUUUGCAUUUGUUUUAUAUCUGUAACUGCCUGACGUUUUCAUAUUUUUGUAAAAUAAAUAUUCCACUGUGUAAAA